AAGAGAUAAUUGAUUCCAUUAUGUGUGCGUCGGCCAAAUAUAACACCCGGGGUCCAGCCCUCAUCCCAAGGAUGAAAACCAAACAUCGCAUCUACUACAUCACUCUCUUUUCAAUAGUUCUGCUUGGCCUAAUUGCCACAGGAGUGUUCCAGUUCUGGCCACACUCCAUUGAAUCAUCCAGUGACUGGACUGUUGAAAAACGCAGUGUCCAUGAUGUGCCUGUGGUCAAGCUUCCUGCGAGGGGAGACCUCAGCUGCAGGAUGCACACCUGCUUCGAUGUCUACCGUUGUGGCUUCAAUCCCAAACACAAGAUCAAAGUAUACAUCUACUCACUGAAAAAGUAUGUGGAUGAAUACGGGACGUCGGUGAGCAACACCAUUUCCAGGGAAUACAAUGAGCUGCUGACUGCCAUCUCCGACAGUGAAUUCUACACUGACGAUGUCAACCGGGCCUGCCUUUUUGUGCCGUCCAUAGAUGUCCUCAACCAGAACGCGCUCCGUAUCAAGGAGACAGCUCAGGCUUUGGCACAGUUAUCCAGGUGGGAUCGAGGGACAAAUCACUUGCUCUUCAAUAUGCUGCCUGGAGGGGCACCAGAUUAUAACACUGCCCUAGAUGUUCCUAGAGAUAGAGCUCUGCUGGCUGGUGGAGGCUUUUCCACGUGGACUUACCGGCAAGGCUACGAUGUCAGUAUUCCUGUUUACAGCCCGUUAUCAGGGGAAAUGGAUCUGCCAGAAAGAGGACCGGGUCCUCGCAGGUAUUUCAUUCUGUCAUCGCAAAUGGCUCUGCACCCAGAAUACCGGUCUGAGUUGGAAGCUCUUCAGGCUGAAAACGGGGAAUCAGUGUUGAUCCUAGACAAAUGUACGAAUCUGUCAGAUGGGGUCCCUGCUGUUCGCAAACGCUGUCACAAGAAUCAAGUCUUUGAUUAUCCUCAAGUGCUUCAGGAGUCUACGUUCUGUGUUGUUCUACGUGGAGCCCGCCUGGGACAGGCUGUGCUGAGCGAUGUUCUUCAAGCUGGCUGUGUCCCAGUCAUCGUUGCUGACUCCUACAUUUUACCUUUCUCUGAGGUUCUGGACUGGAAGAGGGCCUCUGUUGUCAUCCCUGAAGAAAAGAUGCCUGAAAUGUACAGCAUUCUGCAAAGUGUCCCCCAAAGGCAGAUUGAAGAGAUGCAAAGACAGGCAAGGUGGUUCUGGGAAGCAUAUUUUCGAUCGAUGAAAGCAAUUGCUCUUGCUACUCUUCAGAUUAUCAAUGAUAGAAUUUACCCGUAUGCUGCCAUUUCCUAUGAAGAAUGGAAUGAUCCGCCAGCUGUGAAAUGGAGCAGUGUGAGCAACCCACUCUUCCUUCCACUGAUCCCACCUCAGUCCCAAGGUUUCACAGCCAUAGUUCUGACCUAUGACCGGGUGGAGAGCCUCUUCCGAGUCAUCACGGAGGUGUCUAAAGUGCCUAGUCUAUCCAAAUUGUUAGUUGUUUGGAACAACCAGAAUAAGAAUCCACCAGAAGAUUCCCUCUGGCCAAAGAUUCGUGUUCCCCUGAAAGUUGUUAGGACUGCAGAGAACAAACUCAGUAACCGCUUCUUUAUUGAAACAGAAGCAGUGUUGGCUAUUGAUGAUGAUAUCAUUAUGUUAACCUCAGAUGAACUCCAGUUCGGCUAUGAGGUUUGGCGUGAGUUCCCUGACAGGUUGGUUGGAUAUCCAGGCCGCCUGCAUCUUUGGGACCAUGAGAUGAACAAAUGGAAAUAUGAAUCGGAAUGGACCAAUGAAGUCUCAAUGGUGCUCACUGGGGCAGCGUUUUACCACAAGUAUUUCAACUAUCUUUACACUUACAAAAUGCCUGGAGACAUCAAGAACUGGGUGGAUGCACAUAUGAAUUGUGAAGAUAUUGCCAUGAAUUUUCUUGUGGCAAAUGUCACUGGCAAAUCAGUCAUUAAGGUGACCCCACGAAAGAAGUUCAAAUGUCCAGAAUGUACGGCAAUUGAUGGGUUAUCACUGGACCAGACGCACAUGGUGGAAAGGUCUGAAUGCAUCAAUAAGUUUGCCUCCGUCUUUGGGACCAUGCCGCUGAAAGUGGUGGAGCACCGUGCUGACCCUGUCCUGUACAAAGAUGACUUUCCUGAGAAACUGAAGAGUUUUCCCAAUAUCGGCAGCUUGUAGAGGCAGCUGUGUGACAGACCUGGGUGAUGAGAACGACAGCCAAAGAGGUGCUGUGAGGAGUAUAAGGCCCUGAAGAAAAAAAUGGCUAGAGAGUGGGCUGCAUCUGAGGGAGAUGGGAAUUAAUGUUGUAUUCUGGUAUGUUGUCUUCCCUUUACAUUGCACGAAGAUGUAUGGAAAGCUGAAUAACUGCUUCUCUGUUGCUUGCAGAGGAAUUGAAUCUAUUCAUGGGUCCUCCCAGAAAUGUCAAACGCACACUUUGCUCCAAAGGAGGCUAUGCACCCGGAAGAAUAAAACAGAAUCUC